AUGUUUUCGAGCAAAAGUGCAAUUAUUGGUCUGAUCUAUGUCGAAAUCGCGAGCAACGAGUAUUACGUUCGUCUAUGGGUUGUUUAUUUGGGCGCCGCUCUCGCGAUGUCAAUCAUCUACUCUCUAUUGUUCGUCACAUCAAUUAUUCGCCGAAUUCGCUUAAUUGAUUCGCUCGGCGAAAUUGAUACGAUGACCUACAAGGUGGCUCUCACCACGAAAAAUGUCAACGAGACGCAAACGGCGAUCGAAUCGAACUCGAAGGAGCCAGUGAAAGAGAAAAAUUGA